ACACACACACACACACACACACACACACACACACACUAACACACUCUGAGGGCGAGCGGUGGGCGGCGGCCUUCAGGAUGACAUCACGCCCCGCAGACGGGAUGCAGCUCCUCUGAGGUCCUCGCCGGGUCUCAUCGGCGGGGGCGGGGCGAGCAGCCGCCCUCCGACAUGACGGAGGUCCCGGCCCCCAGGCCUGGGUCCAGGCCCGGGUCCAGGCCCGGCGUGGCGCGGCCCAUCGGGCCAGAGGCGCUGGUGGCGCUGCUGGAGGGGGGGCUGGACCGGGUGGUGCUGAUCGACAGCAGGCCCUUCGUGGACUUCAACGCCUCCCACAUCCUGGAGGCCGUCAACGUGAACUGCUCCAAGCUGAUGAAGAGGAGGCUGCAGCAGGACAAGGUCCAGAUCGGGGAGCUGCUGCAGCACUCGGCCAAGAACAAGCUGGACCUGCAGGCGGACCAGGAGGUGGUGGUCUACGACCAGAGCUCCUCCGACCCCACGGCCCUCGGUUCAGACUCGUUCCUGGGCGUCCUGCUGGUGAAGCUGGAGAGGAACUUCCCGUCCGUGUACCUGCUCUCAGGCGGGUUCUCGGAGUUCUCCCACCUGUUUCCUGGUCUGUGUGAGGGGAAGUCGCUGCUGGUUCCCUCCUGCAUCUCCCAGCCCUGCCUCCCCGUCACGGCGCUGGGUCCCACCCGCAUCCUGCCACACCUGUACCUGGGCUGCCAGAGGGACGUCCUCAACAAGGAGCUGAUGCAGCAGAACGACAUCGUCUACGUCCUCAACGCCAGCAACACCUGCCCCAAGCCCGACUUCGUCCCGGACUCGCACUUCCUCCGGGUCCCCGUCAACGACUCGUUCGGCGAGAAGAUCCUGCCCUGGCUGGACCGUUCGGUGGAGUUCAUAGAGAAGGCCAAGGCCUCCAACGCCCGGGUCCUGGUGCACUGCCUGGCAGGGAUCUCCCGCUCCGCCACCAUCGCCAUCGCCUACAUCAUGAAGAGGAUGGACAUGUCGCUGGACGAGGCGUACAGGUUCGUGAAGGAGAAGCGGCCGACCAUCUCCCCAAACUUCAACUUCCUGGGUCAGCUGCUGGACUUUGAGAAGAAGAUCAAGAGUCCCCUCGGUACCGAGCCCAGACCCAAGCAUCACUCGGACCCCGCCGGCAUCCAGUCUGAGGACUCGCAGCCUCAUGCCUGCCCGGAGGCCCCUGAGGCCCCCGAGGGCCCGGCGCCGCCGGAGCCCCUCCCCUCGGUUCUGGACGAGGCCCCCGAGGAGCUGGCGGAGGCCCUGGGCGGCCUGCAGCUGGCCGACGGCCCGGAGGACAGCGCCCGGCUCAAGCGCUCCUUCUCCCUGGACAUCAAGUCGUUUGGCGAGCCAGCCAGGAGCCCCGCCCACCGGGCGCUGGCCCCGCCCACCUGCUCGGCGCCGCCGGCCUUCAAGGAGACGGCCAGCAAGCCGUGCCAGUUCUCCCCGGUGGAGGAGGUGUCGGAGCAGUCCACGCCGGAGCAGAGCCCCGACAAGGAGGAGGCGGGCGGCCCGGCGCCGGCCCCGCCCCCCGGCUUCACCAGACCCCCGGCCGCCGCCCCGGGCGGCCCGCAGGGGCUGCAGCGGAGCGGCAGCGCCACCAGCUUCCUGCUGGGACUGUCCCGCAGCCAGCAGCACCUGGCCCGGCCCGGGUCCGGCUCCGGCGACGCCCUGAAGGGCUGGAGCUCCGACAUCCUGCUGGGCCCCGUGGCCGGAGCCUCGCUCCCGGGCGGCUGGUUCCUGUCCCCCGAGUCCACGCGCUUCUACUCCGCCUCGGCCAUCCUGGGGGGCGGGGCCGGGGCUGGGGCCGGGGGCUUCGCCGCCUACAGCCUGGAGGCGGUGCGGCGCCGCGGCCGGGACCGGGCCGGCGACCGCGGCGGAGACUCGCGGCGCAGCUGGCACGAGGAGAGCAGCUUCGAGAAGCAGCUGAAGCGCCGCAGCUGCCAGAUGGAGUUCGGGGACGGGAUGGCGGACGGCCGGGAGGGGGGCGGCGCGGCGGCGGGGGGGCAGGCCAGCUUCUCCGGGAGCAUGGAGGUCAUCGAGGUGUCCUGAGGACGCCGCCGCCGCGCCCAGACUCCACCCACACCGCCGCCGCCGGGAGGCCCCGGCUCCGGGAA